AUGGCAACUGAAAAUGAUGAUUUGAUCACAGAAUUUCCCCCUGGCUACAGAUUUGUGCCCACUGAUGAGGAAUUGGUUAAAUAUUACCUUGAAAAUAAGGUACAUUAUCAACCUUUUCCAGCUCUAUUCAUUGAAGACAUUCAUGCUAAGGAAUUUUACAGCAAAUCUCCUGAAGCUCUUGUGGAAAAUAUGUGCAGCGCAGGAGAAUGGUACUUCUUCAUCCAUCAAGAUGAGUAUUUUCGAGGAAAAAUUGGAAAAUUUCAGAUUGUUGGAAAUGAAAUAGGUUUAUGGCAAUGCUUUGGAAAAGAAUUUCCAAUUUAUAAUUCAGAAGGAGAUGUGGUUGGGUUCAAAGUUAAUUUGAAGUAUUGUUCUAGAUCGGCUAAGAAAAAUACUUGGAUAAUGGAAAAAUAUCGUCUAAGUUUUGAAUGUGCCAUUGAUGAUGAAGAG